CGAAUUUAUUUUGUUGCUUCCGCUCUGUUCGGUCAGGUUACUUUUUCUAGCACUGAGCGCGUGGCAUGUAUAGAUAUUGCAUUGCUGCUCUUGGGUAGAGAAUCGUUCUCUUCAAGGCUGUAGGCCUCGUAAUGCCUCGGUCUAUAGUCGCUUUGUGAAUCGGUCAGGCUUCGCUCAAGAUCCAGGACAUUGGAAUUGGAGCUCUGAAGAGCACGAGAUACCAUACACUGUUGAAUAAAAGGUCAAGUACAUUUAUUUCUAAAUUCAACGUCUUAUUUUAGUAUACGUUUUGAUUGUGUUAGCUUGCACAUUGUUUUUGUUUGCGAGGAUGUUUUCAGUCGUAAUUAUCAGGGGCGUAUUCAUUACGCAGAUUCUGUUGGAUAACGUUUCUUAAACGGAACGAAACGGGGAGGGACCUGCCUGAAUUUUUCCAAUAGAAACUCUUGUUUUUCUCCCGUUUGGUUCUUACACGGUAAACUGUUUCCGUAAUGAAUACAUCCCAGCUGUUGCGAGUAGACUUCGGGCAUAGUCUCCCUCUAGCUAGCAGAUUGUAACGGGCUAAUGUGACGCUCCAGUAGCGGUUACAGGAUAGGUACUGUUUGGAGAAGCACAGAGCAUUUUCGACCAACCUUUUUUGGGCCAAACAUGUAUCUUCUAAAAUUCCCAUGUCCAGCUGCAAGUGGUUUGAAUUUAUAAAAUGCUCCGAUAUUAAAAUACAUGUUUUGUGCCAAGUGAUCCAACAAUGUAUACGCAGCCAUCUUGUCUAAUUCAAAUGUUCUCUCUCUCAUUGAUCAAAACAACCGUGUCAUCAUGGCAUGCAGCACUUUGGGGUGGUCAUCCACCUGUCUCAAUGAGGGGAUUUGAUUCAUCUGAACCGUGUAGGCGUUUUGCACCGGUUGAAAGUUGAUUGCGUUCAUUUUGGAACCGGGCUGCUCCCUGGCAUGAACAAGGUGCACUGUUCAAAGCCCACAGUCUGCUCAACACAAACGUGACGUAAUGAGUAGUAUUUUGUGUUUUCUCAUGCAAAAGUGAUUUGCUUUUGAAAAUAAACACUUGAUCUGCCUUCCCAAUGAAUGGAUGUUCCCCAAUGCUGGAAGGGGGCCCGAGUGAAAAAAACUUUGGGAACCAGUGGAGGCUGCUGAGGGGAACGAGGUGGCUGUUGAUUUCAGCGCACAUAUGGGUGCACACAGUGUUGAGAACCAGCUGAGCACUCGCUCAUGUCCGGAUUAUGGAAUCUAUACAACACACCACUAAAGCUAUAGAAUACAGGUAGACUAAGCCUAACUACAGUAAUAGAUGCAUGAAGAAUGUGUCCCUACGCCAAACAGUACCUACCCUGAGCAUCACAUUAGCCCGUGACAAUCUGCUAGCUACCACUCGUCAGCUGGCAUACAGUAUCUUAAAAGUCAUUUCUUUCCUUUCGAAGCUAAUUUGACCUGUUUGGGAACAAAUGUAAGCAAUAUUUUCAAUAGUUAGGUCAAUUGGCAGGCUGUAAAUAAGGAAAGACGGUGACAAUAAUGUAAAUAUAACAAUAAUAUAUGCCAUUUAGCCGACACUUUUAUCCAAAGCGACUUACCAAAGCGAUGUGUGUCUACAUUUUAUGUAUGGGUGGUCCCGGAAAUCGAACCCACUACCCUGACAUUACAAGUGCCAUGCUCUACCAACUGAGCUACACAGGACUAGUCAAGUACUCACUAACAAUAAUUGGCUGUGAUUGACAGGAAUAUUUUCAAACAUGUCAUUAUUAUCAAUAAAAGGUUUGUAAAUGAAACUGCAUUGCUUUGUUUUCAGAUAUUAUGCUUUAUUUGUCAAUUGAAGCAAAAUCAUAAUUGUAUGCUAUAUCCUACAAACAUUUAGUCCUAUUUAUGUGUCCUCAAUAUUGAAAGUCAUUUGGUCUAAUAAAGUACAUCUCUCUACAGUUGAGUUUGUAUAAUUAGAGAAGGGAGGUUGUGUUGCCUCUGCUGUCAUUUCUCAUUUGCAGCCUACUUUCCUCCUCUAGCAUAGAGUCUAUGACUUCACUGUGGGGUAGGCUGGAGACAUGCACUCACCAUCAAGGAAGGAAUUUGUGUCUUUAACCUUCACUGGAAGUGGCAACUAUAACAGCAAACAGUGGAGAAGACAGUCCUGCUGGAGGAAAUGGAAACAGUUAUCCAGAUUGCAGCGCAACCUCAUCCUCUUCAGCGUGGCUCUCAUGUUAGUUUGUGGGAUUGCCACUUACCCCACUGUCACAGAACACUUCAGAGGCCUUACUGUUGUUGUGAAGGAGGAUGAGGGCCAUGUUCUGAAACUGGCCAUCCCUGAGGUCCUACCUGAGUCGGAUAAACAGAACCAACCACUAGUACCAGAGCCACCUUCAGAGAAGCAGAAGAGGGCACCCCACAAGCGGGGGCCACCCGGCCUGCAGAACCGUCUGCAAAAGAAAGGCACCGGGUCAGAUAUCCAGGUGGAGGAGAAUCCGAUUCAAGAAGCAAAGAAAGCUGACAAAGGAAAGGGAGAGAAGCCACUUGUUAAGCGUGGGGCCUUGAUUGAGGCUGACCAAGCCACUGAAGGAGGAACUGCCAAGGAAGCAGAGAACAAGGUGGCUGUCCCAGCGGUUGAGCAAGAGGACCAUUCACACGAGCCAGAAUUCGAUAGGCUUGAGGCAGUACGAGAUGCUUUCAGACAUGCGUGGAAGGGAUACAAAGAGUUUGCCUGGGGCCAAGAUGAGCUGAGGCCCAUCUCUAAGUCUUAUGGAGAGUGGUUUGGCCUGGGCUUGACCCUGAUUGAUGCCCUGGACACCAUGUGGAUCCUCAACCUCAGAGAAGAGUUUGAGGAGGCUAAGACCUGGGUGUCAACGGAGCUCUCCUUCAAUAAGAACGUUGAUGUGAACCUUUUUGAGAGCACCAUCCGUAUCCUGGGCGGCUUGCUGAGCACUUACCAUCUGACUGGAGAUGCUCUGUUCCUGGACAAGGCUAAAGAUAUAGGAACGAGGUUAAUGCCUGCUUUCAACACCCCGUCCAAGAUCCCCUACUCAGAUGUGAACAUUGGGAAGGGUACGGCCCACCCCCCUCGAUGGACGUCGGACAGCACUGUUGCUGAGGUCACCAGCAUCCAGCUAGAGUUUAGGGAGCUGAGUCGCCUCACUCAGGACACACGCUACCGGGCUGCAGUGGAUAAGGUCAUGCAAAAAGUCCACAAGCUGGAAGGGAAGCAGGACGGCCUCGUCCCCAUGUUCAUCAACACCAAUAGCGGCCAGUUCACCCAUCUGGGGGUCUUCACCCUGGGCGCACGAGCAGAUAGCUACUACGAAUACCUCCUUAAACAGUGGAUACAGGGAGGCCAGAAGGAGACAGAAUUGCUGGAGGAUUACCUGCAGGCCCUAGAGGGAGUGAAGAAGAACCUGCUUAAGAAGUCAUCUCCUAACAGCCUGACCUUCGUAGGGGAGCUGUCCCAUGGUCAGUUCAGCCCCAAAAUGGACCACCUGGUGUGUUUCCUCCCUGGGACCCUGGCUCUAGGGGCCCACCAUGGCCUGCCAGCCGACCACAUGGAGCUGGCCAAGCAGCUGAUGGAGACCUGCUACCAGAUGUAUGCCCAGAUGGAGACUGGCUUGAGCCCUGAGAUCGUCCACUUCAACAUGCACGAGGGAAGUAUCAGAGAUGUAGACGUCAAGCUUGCAGACAGACACAACCUCCUUCGCCCUGAGACGGUGGAGAGCUUGUUUUAUCUGUACAGGUUCACCAAGGACAGGAAGUACAGAGACUGGGGCUGGGAGAUCCUCCAGAACUUCAACAAGUACACCAAGGUUUCUACUGGUGGCUACACAUCUAUCAACAACGUCCGGGACCCAGAGUACCCCAGCCCCCGGGACAAGAUGGAGAGUUUCUUCCUGGGGGAGACUCUCAAGUACUUCUACCUGCUGUUCUCAGAUGACCCGGAGCUGGUCAGUCUGGACAAGUAUGUGUUCAACACAGAGGCCCACCCCCUGCCCAUCUGGCCUUCUGCUGAGUGAGCGAUACACCAGCCAAGUCAACGGGAUCCAUGCACUACCGUUCAGAAGUCUGGGGUCACUUAGAAAUGUCCUUGUUUUAAGGAAAAGAUUUUUUUUGUCCAUUUAAAUUAACAUCAAAUUGAUCAGAAAUACAGUGUAGACAUUGUUAAUGUUGUAAAUGACUAUUGUAGCUGGAAACGGACAAUUUAUUUUUAUGGAAUAUCUACAUUUUUAUUUUUAUUUUUUUAUUUCACCUUUUAUUUAACCAGGUAGGCUAGUUGAGAACAAGUUCUCAUUUACAACUGCGACCUGGCCAAGAUAAAGCAUAGCAGUGUGAACAGACAACAACCGAGUUACACAUGGAGUAAACAAACAAGUCAAUAACACAGUAGAAAGAAAGAAAAAAAAGAGUCUAUAAACAUUUGUGUGCAAAAGGCAUGUGAGGUAGGCAAAUAAUUACAAUUUAGCAGAUUAACACUGGUGUGAUAAAUUAUCAGAUGGUCAUGUGCAGGUAGAGAUACUGGUGUGCAAAAGAGCAGAAAAUUAAAUAAAUAAAAACAGUAUGGGGAUGAGGUAGGUAAAUUGGGUGGGCUAUUUACCGAUGGACUAUGUACAGCUGCAUAGGUGUACAACAGUGAAGAGGUGACUCCGGGAUGAAGGCCUUUAUAGGCAGAGUUGCAAAGAAAAAGCCGUAUCUCAGACUGGCCAAUAAAAAGAAAAGAUUAAGAUGGGCAAAAGAACACAGACACUGGACAGAGGACCUCCUCCUAGUAGGCCAGCAUCCCGGAGUUGCCUAUUCACUGUUGGCGUUGAGACUGGUGUUUUGCGGGUACUAUUUAAUGAAGCUGCCAGUUGAGGACUUGAGGCGUCUUUCUCAAACUAGACACUCUAAUGUACUUGUCCUCUUGCUCAGUUGUGCAACGGGGCAUCCCACUCCUUUUUCUAUUCUGGUUAGAGCCAGUUUGCGCUGUUCUGUGAAGGUGGUAGUUGUACACAGCGUUGUGUUAGAUCUUCAGUUUCUUGGCAGUUUCUCGCAUGGAAUAGCCUUCAUUUCUCAGAACAAGAUUGGACUGAUGAGUUUCAGAAAGUGUUUUGUUUCUGGCCAUUUUGCGCCUGUAAUCGAACCAGGAAUGCUCAACUAGUCUAAAGAAGGCCAGGUUUAUUGCUUCUUUUAAUAAGCACAACAUUUUUAUAGCUGUGUUAACAUAAUUGCAUAAGAGUGUUUUAAAAACUUGGCACGUUGUGUUAGCUAAUCCAUUGGAACACAGGAGUGAUGGUUGCUGAUAAUGGGCCUCUGUACGUUUAUGUAGAUAUUUCAUAAAGAAUUUGCCAUUUCCAGCUACAAUAGUAAUUUACAACAUUAACAAUGUCUAGACUGUACUUCUGAUCAAUUUGUUAUUUUAAUGGACAAAAAAUGUGCUGUUAUUUAAACAAAAACAAGGACAUUUCUAAGUGACCCCAACCUUUUUGAACAGUAGUGUAGAUACAGAAAUACAUCACAGCUCAGGGCUUGGCUAACACCAAGAUAUCUCAUUGCUCAUUUUGAUAUAUCUGUGACUCAAGUUUGGGUUGGUUUACCCUCUCACAACUGCAAAACUCUGGAAAAAUGGCAAAUUUAAAAUAAAAAGGCCGUAAUUGUUUGUUAAAUGAUUGUAAUAGCCAUGGUGGAAUGACAGCAGUGCUAGGGUGAGAGAGAGGCACAGUAGCCUUGAUAUUUAUUUAAAAUGUUCUCUGUUCUCACCACAUUGCUGGUGCGGAGUCUGUCUGUCCUCUGAUAAUGAGUUGUUUACUCUGAAGGAAGAGUGGAAAACAUGAGCCAGCCAACCUGUGUAGUUGGCUAAUUGUGGUUAUUUUGUCCACCAACACUAGAGAAUGGGAUGAGUGUGACUGAACUCCAAGCUGUCUUAGGCAGAAGUCCAAGAGGAAGUGGAGGUGACACAUUAAUGGGCUUUACAGGAAAUGACAUAGCAUUGGGAUGAAACUUCCUGUGUCCCUGGAUCAUGUCACUCUCCAGUUUCUCAAUCACAUUCUUAAGAAAUUAUUUAUAUAAAACAAUAUUUAAUGUUAAAAUCAUGUCAGGCAUAGAACAAUCUAGUUUACUUGCAUACUGUGCACCUUUUUGUGUAUGGGGACAACAAGCACUUAUUGUUGAAUUUCCUUGAGUUUGACUGACUCCGCUGCUAUUAUCUUUAAAGAAUGUCAGUUUUCCUAUUUUUUUAUUUGUCAUCAUUCCUGUUGUGUGGCAUCAAAUUAGGGCAAGCUAGUGUGAACACUUGGGUAGUUUAGUUAUACAAAUAUAUUUGUGAGAUUAAGCUGAAUUUAGUCCAUAUAAUUUGAAUUGAUUUGUAGUGUGUUAUACUAUAUCUGGAUAGACUGAAUUGUAAAUGUGGAUUAUGCCACAGAAACUGGAGUAGCAGUAGAACUGGUCCUGGUUUCCUAAAAGCAUGUUAAGUUCGUUAAAACCAUAGGAUCCUAACGAUGAACUUAGCCUUAACAUGCUUUUGGGAAACAGGGCCCUGGGCUGUAGAUCCUAUACUUCACCAUCAUUCCUGUAAAUAGCUAUAUUGAAUGUUAUGAUGUACACUUUCACUCAGAUUCUAUUGAGACCAAACUCAACAUCUUAAGUGUGAAAUGUAGUUUUCUUCCCCGUUUCAAUGUUCAGCUGUCCCCUCCUUUAGUGUUUCACUUGUGCCUUCAACGUUGCUCUGGACAACAUUAUGAAACUCUUUGGACAUAUUCAUGUUUUGUUAUUGAAAUGUACAUAGUUGAUGUGAAUAGUUGUGCAAAGAUGUGUAUUUGUUACAUAAUCAUGGUGUGAUUUUGAAAUAAGGAAUGUCAUUUUCCAACUGUCCAACCAUUUGCUGGGUAUACUUCCAUAACUCUCACUGUGUAUAGACUUACAGUAUAUAUCAUGAAACUAAGGGCUCUGCUUCCGAUCCCUUUUUCACAUCUCUGCUCAGUUAAUAUAUACUGCUGCUCAUUUCUGAUUCCUUUUUUAAAAAUCCUUCAGCUGGAUCCUAAACUUUUCUACACCAAAGAUAUCCUAGUUAUUAAAAUAACUGGAAUCUGGAAUUAUUCUACAUUCAUCAUUCUGUUAAGAAUGACAAUAAGCCAUUUCCCUAUUUUAUAACAAUGUAAAUGAUGCUAUUGGGAGAUUUUGAUACAGCAUCUGAAGUCAGCUGCUGCCUACUCUCUGUUAACCAAGGUCAGAGAUAUUGUCAUGGUUAAGGGCUGGAUUCAAUCCGUAUCGUGGAAGAUCCGUCUUAUAGCACGGUAGAAAUUUAAAGGCAAUGUUACCACAUUCGUGGAGACCGCAUUCACGUAAUCGCUGCAUGUCGGCUCAAUCACAAAUGACCUUUACAUUUUAGCACGAAUCUGCCACGAUAUGGAUUAAAUCCAGCUGUUCUGACUCACUCAGCCCACAAGCUGUGGAGAACUUUUAUUUCAAACCACUAAUACCAUAUGAAAUAAGCCUACCCAACUGGAACCUCAAGGGAAAAUAAGGCCUAGAUUCAAUCAGAUUGUGUUAACCGGCGAUAGCUGAUGUUUUGGCAUGUCCGAGGUGUCAAAUUGGUGAGCAGCUGCCUUGAUCAUUCACAAAGCCACACCCGCCCUACUCCUGUUAGAAAUUCAGACCAAGAAAGUGUAGGCUAUAAAGAAACACUGCAAUUGAAAAUCAUUCAACAAAAUUAGGAUUUUUAGCAGCCUAAUGGAGGUGUAGAUUACAUCUCACAUGCCCGUGUUUCAACUUGUAAACAAGGCUGUAUGGGCUUUCACUUAAUGCGACGUCCGAUUUAGGCAAUGCCAGAAGCCGCUUGUGGAUUUGACAGCUCUAGUGCAGUUCCACCUGACACCACCAAAACAACACCUAUGCUGAUGUCGGCCAAAGCAGAUCUGAUUUAAUCAUUUUUAUUGCAAUUUUGUAGACAUUUGCAAUCAAUAUCAAAUUGGUGAGAAUCUGCAUUUCAAUGAAACUAUGCGCCUGUGUCAUUUGCAAUACUGUGUAUUUUGGGACACCUUGUGUGUUAUGACCCUGCAACAUCAGUGACUCAGCUGGAAAGUAGUACACCCAUGUCGACUGAACUGUUUUUCAACUUGGGAAUGAACAUGCUAAACCAAGAGCUGGGGGCUAAUGGGACCAGUGUUUGGUUCUGGGUCUACAAAACUGUCUAAAUCAUGAAAUUACAAAAUGUGCCACAAUGUCACUUGGUUUACAAUAAAACUAUGGACCUGCUUUAAAUUUGUAUAAAUGUCAAGAUUAAAAUACUUUAUUGAACAACCUU